AAUUAAUGUUUUGAACCAAAAAUCUUAAUUUAGAUGGUUUAAAACUCCAAAAGUUUUCUUCUUAUUAUUAGGACUACAUAUAUUUGCGGAUAAGUUAUUAUUUAUAAUUGAUGCGCGUCGGCCAAAAAUUGAUUUCACAUGGAUGAUUUUUAACAAAAUUGUCUCCAAAUUACAUACAUAUUAUGGACAAAUGAAAGAGAAUCUAAUCUUUUCGUUUAGGCAGGGCAUACUUACAUCAACAUGUCUGACCAGGACUCAGGCGUACCCUCUGUUGACAAGGAAGACUCUAUUGAAGAAGACAUAGAUAAAGGAAAAGAUGAGCAGUCCUCUGACAGGCCAAAUAGUAGUGUUAGUAAUGAUGAAAAGAUAAGGCCUUUGAGUCAACAAAGUAACAUAUCUCAAGAAAGGCCAAAUAGUGGGUCAAGUGAAAAAUCUUUGGGAAAUAAGGAUGAAUCAUCAACACUCAAUGACAGUAAAACAGAAAUAAAAAUACCAAGUCGACCAACAAGUUCUGGAAGUAAUCGAUCGAGACCAAAGAGUGGAAGUAGCACAUCUUCAAGACGCAGGAGCAGAAAAUCAAAUUCUCCACCACCUAACUCACACAGAGUCACUUUUCAAGUCACCAUAGCACAGGCAAUUCCUACAAUUAUUGAUGAAGAUUCAGCAGAUCUUCGGGCAUCUCUACAUAAGAAGAAACGUAUCGUGGAAGCACCAAGGGCCCAGAAUUAUUUCCAUUCAGAAUAUUUCCUACUGCCUGAUGAUGCUGAACCUGUUAAGACAGAUGUUGUUACCUUUGGAAUGGCUGCCAAGGUUUACCCUGAGAAACAAGAGCCUAAGGUUAUCAAAACUUGGAUAGAUGGAGAAACAACCUGGGUAGCAUGGACACACAGCCAUACAAUUGAUGUUACGCACGAUAUGCUGUUGAAACUGUACAGGCACAAUCUAGAGCUCAGGAUCUGGGAUACGAAGGAUAAAGUGUCAACAAGAGCCCGAUUUGACAGACCUAAAGCAUUUCGCCUUCCGCAAGCUAAAGCAGGUGAAGAUGCAGAUGCAGCGGGUGGUAUUAAGGGACUCGUCAUAAAGCAGGCAAAGAACUUUGAGAAGAUGCAACCAAAGCGUCAAUACAUAGACAGAGCCCUGCCUUCACAGACUAAGCUCCAACUGCCAAGGGACGACACAGAGAUGACCAUAAACCUACCACAAGGGAAAGCUUCCAAGAUGUCAAAGUCUGUGAAAUAUGAGAGAAGUGACAAGAAGGCCACCAGAGAAGCCAUGCCUGCCCAACUUGAGAAACUGCUAGAAGAUACAUCUAGGCAGCCUUCUGCACCUGACCUUAAAUCUAGCCUCUCAAAGCCUGUCACCCCUGGGGUCAAGGUCACACCCGCAGAGCCCCCUAGUGGAACCCCUAGCGGCCCAAUCAGGACAUUUAGCAAGCUUGGGCACCUAGCUGGUGUUGAAGGUCUACUACCAGAAGAUGAAGGUCCUAAGAAGCCUAAAACACCUGAUAAGCAAAGCAGGACUGGCAGCCAACAACCAGGAACAGCCAAUAGUAAGGCGAAGGACUCUCGACGCUCUUCUAUGUCUCCUACAUCUGCACGGAAGGAGAGUGGACGUCAUACAUUGAGAUCUCAACCUUACUCCGUGGCAGACUCUGAAGCUACGGGUACACCAGGGACUGCACAAACUGCGAGGAAAUCAGCUAUAACAGACAAAGCUUCUCGACCCAGGCGCAACAAGAAGGCUGAGGCAGCUCUUAGGGCCCAACUUGAAUAUGAGAAGAAACAUGGAAAAUGUGUCAUACCAAUCAGAAUGGCUGAAUUCUUUGCAGGUGUUAAGACGGUAACACGAAGACUGGAGGACCCAGUGCAUGGCGUAGAUGAUGUAUUCAUAACUGUCAACUUAGAUAAGCCACUGAUGUCAGAAGAGCAAAGGAUGCAGCUCAACCCCAUGAUUAUCAAAGUGCACUCUGCCACAAAUAUGCCUAAUAGUCCAAUAACGCAAGAGGAAUUGAAACUCAGAUGUCAUCCGUGUUAUGUACAGUACAAAUUUUUCCGUCAACCAACUCACAAAAGCGUGGGGCGAGAACAUGACACUAGUGUAUACUGGGAUGACAUUGAUGUCAUUUUAACAGGUACAAUUGAGCCCAGUGAGUUGCGUGAGUUUCUAAAUGGUCCCCUACUAGAAGUUGAGGUCCAUGACAGAGACAGAAAACUAGAAGAGACCAAACUUAAACCUGCUCUUUUUGGAGAAGACCUGGAAGAUGAAAAGAUCAGUAAUGUUGGCACUGUGGCAAGUAGGAGAACCAUACACAACCCUUUCCAUGAACGUGAUCGUCCAUGGGAUCCGUAUGGUGUUGCAAGGUUCAACCUCUCUGACCUCCUUCUGGGACAACGAACCCUUAAUCUUAAGUCACCCAUACUAAACGGCCCUAUCCCAGAUAUACUGGGUCAGAAAGACAAGCCUGAGGGUAAGGUUAUGGGGGUGGCAGGGGCAGUAGAUGGACCCACAGAUACCCCCAUAGCAACAGGCCACUACAUCCAAUCUCAAGCUAUGUUGAAGAUAAAGGUUGAGCUGGCAUAUCCCAUCACUACCCCAGAGCAAGUUGCAGCCAAAGAACCAUUGGACACAACCUUUGAGUGUCCAUUCGCCAGAAUUGUGUUCGUGUUUGCCUACAACAAUGUCAAGUUCCUCAACAAGCUGCAGUCAUUGGUGACACAGAUCAAUGCGGUUGCCUUGGAGCUUGAUACUCUCCCUGAGCAUGUCAUUGAUGCUGCUCUGUCAACAUACAAACUUACAAUGGUGCAGCAGAAGAAUCGUCAUCUAGAUAUCGUGACAGGUUUCCAGGUGAUGGACCGAACCUACCACAUCUUUGUGCUUGAAGGCCUUCGUGGUCACGCCAUCAGUCAGAUAUGGAAGGCACUACCUCAACCAGAGAAUGAAGAUGUGAUUGUGUUAUACAACUCUGAGCUUGCAUUUGGUGAACGGCUGUAUGGUCCUUUAGAUGUGGACUUGUGUAGAGUGAAACUGCACGAACCCAUGGAAACCAUAGUAAAACAGUCUUUACUGUAUGUUCGAGAUAUGGUACCCAAGCCAUGUUUUCUGGCACUAGUCAAAAUACAAGAGCUUAUGAGAUCGAAAACUCUGAGAGAUUGUGUAAGGAAUGACCUAUUUCCGUCAGCCGAGAUGGUGGUAUCAAUGAGUAGAGAGUUUGGAGUUCCGCUCACAAGUGAAGACUUUGAAGAACUCCAACCGGAGGCAGAUCAGAAGCUGGUAAACAAUGAUCCUAGUAAAAAUUUCAUCCAUCAGAUGUCCUUCCCUCAGACGAGUCGAAUGUGGACUCCGAUAGAUAAUGAGAAUACUGACUUCAUGGAAUAUCUCUCUGAGAGAGAGAAAACAGCACCAAUGAAAGAUUUCAUUAAAGAUAAUAUGGCAUACACACGUAGUGUGAGUAUGAUGAACAAACAGAAACGGGAGCUGACAAUGCCUCCUAUGAUCAGAGCAGAUGUUAAGGUGGCUCACAACUAUAGUACACAAGCUCUUAACUCUACAGAAAAGGGCAAAGAAGAAGUCAGAGAAAUACUUUCACAGUGGCCUGAUGAGAGAUUCACCUAUAACCCAGCCUUCCACCACUCCAUGACUGUUGUGCCCAUAAAUGUCGAGGCCAUCAAGAAACAAGAGGAACAAGAGUCUAAGGACAAAUACCGCACUCCCAAUGGUUGGACCUACCCAGGCAAGAAGACCAUGCAGGAGGCCAAUAAACACCCUAAUAAACCUGAUGAGGCCAGAAUUGAUGAGAUACAUGGGGUUUGGACAGAGAAUGUCCUUCAUGCCAAUGUACUUGAACCUACAUUAAACAGAGAACGCUAUGAUUGGUCAAAUCGUCAAGUUGACCUUGACAUUUGGACUAAGCCCAGAAGGUCAUUUGGAGAUGAACCAAUCACAAUCCAUCUAGCUGGUGAUAAGUUGGAUAAGGAGCGUCGAGCUGCUGCACAUUCAGCAGAUGCAGCCUGGCGGUCAAAAGUUAUCGUGGAUGAUCCACGAGUGUACCUCCAUAGGUGUAACCUCCAAACAGAGCAGAGGGACACUGGAUAUAAAUCUAGCAAUGAGCUUGAUAGACUAAGACAAAUCCUCAAGGAUGACCCACAGAAGUAUUCUCUAAAGAAGAAACCUAUGGUGUUGAAGGAUAUCCCUCCAUUGAAUGUGGUGUUGAACCCAAGCGUUGAUACUACUGCAAGGAGAAUGGGGUUAUCAACUGAACCAGCAGUGCCUGGAGAGGGCAUUGAGAAAACUAAAGGUUUCAUGCCUGGACCUUAUAGAGACAAUAGCUGGUCAUUAGACAGGAACUACAUUGCAAGUGUUGAUUAUGAGCACAAGAAGUUCCAGCAAUUGAAAGGAAAAGAUUUUAAUGUAUACCACAAGGAACGAAGUCCUUUUGCCAAACGAUCUAUAGUCCCACUUUACAAUGCUGAACAUGACAAUCAUUUAUUUUGGACCAAUGAGGAAGCGUAUGACUUCCGCAAUCGUCACAUGACAUUACCUGAUAUAGGAGCAUACAAGGAGUAUGCGAAAGAAAUGGUUGAUCGCCAAGUUACAUUUGCAAAUCCAGUUAUAGAGAAAAAAGCAGUAGAAUUAGAGUAACUGAUAUAUGGUUCAAUUAAUGUAAGCAUUAUUUUAGUGGUCAAUAACAUGUAUGUGAUUGCUGAUGUCAUUUAAAUAUUGUGUAUUUUUAUAAUUAUAUAUAGUGUUUUAAGACACUUUGAAGAUAAUUUUAUCUUCUAGCUGAACCUUAAUUAAUAUACACACUACAUAGUCUUCUCCAAGGUGUUGAAAGCAACUGGGUUCUGCUCCCAGUUAAGAAUUAGAAAACUGCUUUGCGGCAAUUUGCAAAUUCAUUUGAGUAACUCAACUGGGCUUUUGCCAAAAUCAAAAUAUGAUUCCCUGCUCAAAUGAGAAAAUCAUGGAGAAUUGAGUUUUCGAAAAAAUGGCGGAGGACAGUUUUUAUUCCAAUUUGGUAAAAUCAGAAUUUUUGGCAUCUACUUAAGGAGAAGACUGUACAGUAUUAUUUUGAGAUUAUAUCAUAAUGAGAUUAAACCAAUUGACCCAUCAAAACCAAAGGUAAAAUUGUAGAUGCAGUAUUACACUAAAAUGUGCUGGUCACAAAAUAUGUUGAGCGUUGUGAGAGAUCUCUGCAAAUAACUGACUAUGCGAGAGCACUCCCAAGUUUAUACAUUAAUGCAGUGUCAAGUCAGGUGUCUGUUUGUCAAAUUACUUGUAUAUUUUUUAAAGCAGACCACAUUUCAUUAUCAGUUAAUGAAAUGGGUAAACUGAUUUUUUCAGCAUGCAUAAUAAUGCUAUACAUGCACAUAAUGACAUUAAAGGGGAAACAAAAACUAGAUAUGAGUUGAGGUUACUUUAUAAAUAAGUGCCUUUUUUAGAAAUCGCAAUUCUUUCAUAUAGUAAAAUUAAGAUUGCAAUUUAAGGAAAACAUUUUCGAGCUUUUUGAAAAUGCUAAUGACUCAGUCACAUUUGAUCCACGGCAUCCAUACAUUCCCACAUUUAAGAGAAAUGUGCAGCAUAAAAUACAGGGAUAAGCUAUAUUUCUAUAUCGAUUUUGUGAAGCAAAUGUGAAUGAGGCUUAACCCUCUAAUCUUUGCUGUAACUUUA